CCUCCACUCCGAGGUCGCAUCUAUCAUUCUUCCCUAUCAUCAGAUCAGGCUACCACAUCGCGCGCGCGACAGAUUACUUCAAGUAUCUCCAUCGUGCAUGGCCUCGCUGUAAGUGAUAUCUCCCGAGCUAUUGUGCGAAACGCUAUCUGCAACUUGCCGCAGCGCCCGACGAACGGUGCAUUUGUCCAGUGGUCAUCGCCCACUUGCUACGCGAUUCCGUUGCCCACCUCCGUCUACAUAAAGCUUUUGACGGUUCGAGAUGGCCCAGCACGGGUUCUCGCAAUUUGGUGCUGCCCCAAACGGGGGUGGCAUUGAUCCCAACAACCUUUCUAUGGGGGGUUCAUACAACCCAAACUUCGGCAACGACAACUUCGGCUCGCACGCCAACAACAAUGGUGGCAACGGCAGCUCAAGCGCCUUUCUUGCUGAUGAAGAUCUUCUUGACGGACUAGGCGGCGACCAGGGAGCUGUGCAAAACAACGGCCAGGACUUCUCGGGCAUGAACAUGGGCUUCUCCCAGGACGCAUAUCAAGCCCACCAGCGUAAUUCGGGCUUGCGCCUGGACUCAAAUCAGCUCAACGGCUUCUCUAGUACGCCCGAUGGCGACCCGAUGCCUAGCCCAUAUACCGCAGGCUACACUGGCAACUUCCGACACAUGCAGGGGAUGCACUCCCCCAUGUUCGCCAAUGACGUGGACCCCAACGACCAGACCUACAUGAAUGCCCGCGCGAGAGCACGCAUGUCCCAGCAGAUGCAGCGCAAGCCGUCCAAUACCGCCCGAAGCCCCAUGACACCCAAGACAAACGCUAUGCACAGCUUGUCUCUAGGGUCGAACGACUCACCCAACUUUGGACCGCAGUCGAUCCGUACGCACGAGAAAUCUCCUUCAGGCCAGUGGCUGAACACACCCACCGGCAGCUAUCCGGCGUCGUACAACUCAGGGUUCGCCUCACCCCUGCAAGGCACCAUGGUGCCUCCCAUCGAAGAGGUCAUGGGCAAGGCUGGCACAUCCAUGCCAGCCAAGUUGGGAGGCACUAACGGGCCAGGCUCCGCCGCCGUUUCCUCCCAAGAGGCGAAGCGCAAACGACGGCGCGAGUCUCACAACCUUGUCGAACGGCGUCGCCGUGACAACAUCAACGAGCGGAUCCAAGACCUCAGCAAAUUAGUCCCCAUGCACCGCCUGGAGGAUGAAAAGAUCCGGAAGCUGAUUCAAAACGGCACACCGCUCUCGCCCACGCUCACCGGCAUGUCCAACCCUUCCUCAGCCACCUCAGGUCUCGCUGGGCCCGGUGCUCGCCGCGCAACUGGGACCAGCGCUGGCAACAUUACGACCGGCCUGCCCAUCGAGGACAAGGACAAGGGACCCAACAAGGGCGACAUUCUCAAUGGAGCCGUGAGCUGGACUCGCGACCUCAUGUGGAUGCUUCACCUCAAGCUUCAACAGCAGGAGGAGCUCAUGCAGACAUUGAACGAGCUAGGCCACCCUUACCCAUUUGAGGUGACAGAUGACGAGCGGCGCAUGCAAUCUGAGUUGAUAGAGGCCAUGUCCAAGAACGACGCUGGCAACUUCUCCUACACACGCACAGCUGGGUCAGGGCUACGGGUGCCAAGCAUCACAGACUACCGCGGCAACGCGGCGAAUGCAGAUGUGCCCCCUACGAGUCUUGAUACGGUGGGCAUCACCCCUCCGCAUCACAGCAGCUCUGCCAUUAUCGAUGAUGACACCAACCAAUUCUGGCAUGAUCCGGACGACAACGGGACCGGACACGCCCCCAUCGACUUCAAAGAUGACGAUGACUACGGCAUGGAUCUCAACUAGGACUCGACAUCGCACGCUUCAUCAGGCUUCCACAGUCAUGGCUACAAUUUCAGCCUAUCGGCACCCUCUUAAUGCCGCCCCCAAGUAGGCUGCCACCUCUGCAUCGUCAUUCCACUUUCUCUACUACAGGUUAUGGCGUUACCGGAACACAACUUGCUCGGCUCAUUGGUGGGGCGACUCUGCAUCUCGCACGGAAUCAUACACAUGGCCAACAUAUAUACAGCGCUUUCGACUUUUGAUUUUUGUCUUGCAUGUUGUACUGGGGUCUUGCUGCUUUCAUCACUUUUGCACGUCCCUUGUUUCCCCAGCCCCCUCUGCGAUACCUCGAGGCUCUUCAG